AUGGUGCAAGAAGAUAUGGCGCAGGACGAUCCGCUGCAGGCGGUGGUCCUUUGCGAUGUGUUCAACCAGCGGUUCUCUCCCUUCACACUUGACCGCCCACGAUGCCUGAUGCCCGUGUGCAAUGUGCCGCUGAUCGAGUGGACGCUGGAAGCCCUCGCUACGGCCGGGGUGCAUGAAGUCUUUUUCCUCGCGACCUGGCACAUCCCGCAGAUCCGCGCGUACCUCGAAGCGCACCAUCCUAUGCUCUUCCGCCCCACCAGCAGCAAAAAUACACCGAGCAAUACCACGUCGUUGACGCGCAUUACGUUGAUACCUGUCCCAGAAGCACGCUCGGUGGGUGAUACAAUGCGUGAGCUGGACGCACACCAGGUGAUCAAGUCGGACUUUGUUUUGAUGCAUGGUGACUCCGUCGGCAACCUGGACAUUGCCUCCGUUGUACAAGCACACAAGGAGCGUCGUCGUGCUGAUCGCAAUGCCAUUAUGACCAUUUGCACAAUGUCAGCGCCACAGACCAGUCGGGCCCGCCGCCUGGGCGACUUGUCUGUGUUUUCACUCGAGCCCAAAACAUCACAACUCCUGCACUAUGCCGCGGUACCGGCUGUUCCUCGCGUGCCGCUACUGAAGCUGCCGCUGGAGCUAUUUGAGCAGUCCCAUACGGAAGUCGAUGUACGCAAUGAUUUGGUGGAUUGUGGUGUGGACAUUUGUGCCAUCGAUGUGCCGCCGCUCUUUACGGAAAACUUCGACUACCAAUCACUGCGCCGUGAGUUUGUGCAGGGUAUCCUUACCUCUGACCUGCUCGAAGCCAAGAUCUUUGUGCAUAUUGCGCCGCCAGCCAACCCUACGUCCAUUGCUUCUGGCGAACCUUUUUCUGCCGUAUCGGGAGGCUUGCUAGGUGUGCCUACCUACGGUGCCGGGUAUAUGCUACGUGUCUCGGACCCAGCACGGUAUGAUGCUGUCUCGCGCGAUAUCAUGUGUGGCUGGACGUUUCCGUACGCACCGCGUUUCGGAAUGCCCAACGGCGAUACGUACACGUCGUCUCCGGGCAUGCGCUUUGUCGGCGAAGGUGCAGUGAUCGAUAAUGGUGCACACCUUGGCCGUCGAACGUUGCUGGGCGCCCACUCUCAAUUGGCCGAUUGCGCGAACGUGCACGAGUCGGUGCUCGGUGCGCGCGUUCAUAUAGGAACUCAUUCUACGGUGCAUCACUCGCAUCUAUGGGAUGAUGUGACGGUGGGACAUGGAUGUACGAUCAACGGGUGCAUCUUGGGACAGGGUGUGCAAAUCCUCGACCAUGUCCACUUGGCUCAUGGCACGGUGGUGGGCGAUGGCUGUGUGAUUGGGCCCAACGUCCGUCUGCCGGCCUUCUCGCGUGUAUCAAUGCAUGCAUACCGCGGUGCGGAAGACGACUCCGACGAGGAGGAUGAAGCGGAGGAUGCAGAUACCGCCCUGGGCACGGCGUCUCGUGGCUGUCUCUGGGCAUCGAUGGCGGGUCUGCGUGCCUCGUCAGACGACGACGAUUCAGACGACGAUAUGGACGCCUUGGAACGGCCAUGCAAUGCCAAGCUCUUUGCCAUCGGUGCAGAUACCAGUGUCGUGGAAUUGGACGACGCAGAGUCGGAUCUGUCGUCGAUCGAUGCGGACUCCGAGCCCGAUAUGAUGGGCAGCGAGUUUGGCGACUCUGAUGUGGACUCGGACGACGACUCGCCCCUGUCGACAACCUAUGGCAGCUUGUCUCUUACGUUGCCCGCUGGCGUAGAGUCACAGACGUACAGCGAGCGCAUGGAAUCUGAAGAGCGAUUGCGCGAGUUCCGUGCCGAGGCACAGGCAUCACUAGAGCGUGCGUUUGAAGAGUACCAUGCCCCAGAAAAUGCAGCGAUUGAGUUGAAGACCUUGCGUAUGGCCAGCAAUGUGCCUAAUGGCGAAGUACGGAAAAUCGUCGUCGAGUUCGUCCUGGGUCGAUGCUCGGUGGAUCAUGCCAAAGAUACGUCGGACCUCCUUGACCAUUGGGGCCCUCUCAUGCGUGAAGUGGCUCACGACGAUGAGGUGGAGGCACUUGCGGCGAUGCAGACGUAUUGUGCGCUGCAUGUGUCGCAUACGCGUCUGUUCCUCCCACUGCUGAAGAAGGUGUACAAUGAUGAAAUCGUGAGUGAUGAAGCGAUUCUCGCGUGGUGGAAGCACCCGUCCAGUCGGCGCCUCUUGUACGGCGAGGACAACAAGCAGGCAUUGUCAAUUGUGAUGGAGCUGCGGAAACGUGCUGAGCCUGUCGUUCGUCAUAUUCUGGAAGACAGCGAUGAGGAGGACGAGUCCGAUGAAGAGGAUGAGUAG